GCAAUAUAUCGUGAUCGGAGGGUUUUAGGUUUAAAGGGUUUUACGCUUACGAAGGAAGAAGGAGGCAUGGGGAAGAACGAAGGAGAUCUAUGGGACGAUUCAGCUCUCAUCAAUGCCUUCGAUCAAGCUAUUUCUACAUACAAGAAAAUGCAUACCAGCGCCAAACACAAGCAUGCCUCGCCGCAAGAGGCGGAUACGGUGGUCGGAGAAGAUGGCUCCGAUGCUCACUGCGAAACUCUCCGCACUACAAGGGAUGUUGACACAGAUGGCUAUAUUCCGGCUACUGCUGUGUCGGAUUCUGGUGUGGCUGGUACUGAGUCGAAGUUGGAAGAAAAUCAUCAUGCUGAGUCACUGGUGGAACAACCUUGUCUAGAUUCAACAAGUGGUCAAGACAUCAAUAGUGCACAGAACGGUUAUGCAUAUGCGCAAGGUGACAUCAAUAAUGCGCAGAAGGGUUAUGCAUAUGCUCAAGGUAUAGAUGAUUAUAACCAGAUACUUGCACAGUACUAUGAACUUGAGGAGAAGAGGGUGAAGAUUUUGGAGCAACUUAAUCAAUAUGGUGGUUGGAAUUACCAAAAUGUGCCUGCUGCUUCUAGUUUUGGUGUACAAUACUCUAAUUCUCAGGAUUAUUCAAUGUCUGCAUACCAAGUGUCUGAUCCAAAUGCUGUAUGUACAUGUUGCCCUUGUUAUAGUCAAUUUUCAUUGGCUCCUUGCGCAUCAGUUCCUGGUUGUUCUUUGGGUGGAUCGUAUGUUGGCAAGCCUUGUAACAAUCUUUCUGGGGAAAUGGUUAAUAAAAUGUCAUUUCCUUGUGAUGAUGGUAAGAUACGCAAAAUGGCAAUGGGAGCUGCAGAGAAGGCACUGUCUACUAUUAGAACAACCAUAUCUGGUGAUUUAAAUGUGAAUGAAGAGGAAAAGAGAAACAAUGCUGAACUUGAAGAAAUUAAUGGCUCUGAAACGGAUUUUGCUGCUGUUUUGAAUGCUUGGUAUUCUGCUGGCUUCUACACUGGAAAGUAUCUUGUUGAACAAUCCAUUCAAAAUAGAAGACAGUAAUAAACUCCGACAUCUUCUUCAAGUGGAGGCAAAAGGGUUCCAUACAAGUAUUGUGAAUUUUAUACACAACAAUUGGGUAAUCGACCUGCAUCGUAACAUCUUCGGGAAAUCGGGAGAAUUCUUAUCUCUGAUUGGAUAUGCUGGCUCAUCGUAAAUUUUGAUACCUUGGUUCUAGUUUUCUUACAAAGAUUUUGCUGGACAUAUUGAGGGAAUGUAUAUGGACUCUGGUGCAGACAUUAAUACUUUGCCAUGUUUAAAAUGCAUAAAUCCAUCAUUUUGUUUUGUCGAGAGAGGGUGAUGGCAUCAUUUGUUGCUCUUUACGUUUGUUGGAAAUUAACAUCAGAAUGAGUGUUAAAAUGUUGUUACGUGUCUAUAUGAUGGCAUAUAGAAACGCAACCAUGACUGCAUACUUCGUUAAUGCCAAAGUUGAAGAUCUUCUUA